AAAAAAAAAGGGCAGGGAGAGGAGCUAGAUAAAAUCAAAUUUACAGCAGAAUCUGGCUAGUUGCUGGGGCUACAGUGGCUCCCACACGAUAAUGGCCUCAAAUCUAUUUGAAAAGCCCACAAUUUGCCUUGCUCCCUCUCAUGUUUUGGCCAUGGCGUGUUGCACCCUUCAUGCCCGAGAGUUUCACAGCAAAGAGUGGUGUGAACCUACGGCUGCUGUGCUCUAGACUUUCUCACCUCAAAUGACGGGCUCUGAUGGCUCUAAUGGUCGAGCCAGGGCUCGUGGCCUCGUUCUUAAGGCUAUCUUUCUUCUUGGUGGUGCUCUGAUUCUCAAGAGAUUUACUAAGUCAAGAACCAGCUGGGAUCAUGCUAGAAUUAUUGCUGAUGCGCUUAGUGGUGAGAAGUUUUCCAGUGAGCAGGCUUCGAGAGACCCUAUGAACUACUUCAACUUGAGAACGCUUACCUGCCCAGCAACAGUGAUGGUUGAUGGUUCCAAAGUCCUUUAUUUCGAACAAGCAUUCUGGAGAACUCCCGAGAAGCCCUUUCGACAGAGGUUUUACAUGGUGAAGCCUUGCCCAAAGGAAAUGAAAUGUGAUGUUGAGGUGAGAGCAAUUUUUAUGCUGUUGUUGGCUGGUGCUACUUUACCAGCAUAUAUCAUAAAAUUUCAUUGAUUUGCCAUUUAAAUU